UGUCAAAAAUUUUAAAUUUUAACUUUUUGUUUUGUACAACAUUCAAAUAACAAAUAAUUAAAUUAUAAAACAUAAUCGAUUUGUUAUUUAUUCUAAACAAUUUAAUAAUAAUAAAAAAAAAUUGUGUCGACUAUGCCGCCCCGGGACCAUUUUUAAACAGUGUCCGGGUCGGUAAAUAUUCCACCUUUCCGACAACAGUUAAAUCUUCCAGUGAAAUUUAAGAAUUUAAGAAAAAUUAUAAAAUAUUAAAGAAUAUAUUUAUUAUUAUAUAAUUAAUUAUAAUUUUAUAUUUAUAUCAUGUGUUUAUUUAAUUUAGCAUUCAAUAUUUCUAUUGACUACACAAAAGAAACUUUUAUCAAAAUUGUGAAACACUAAGAUGACAUGUGAUGCAUGUCAAUACAACACAGAAAAUGCAGAAAGUUUUAAAUUUGUAAACAAAUACGGCAUACACUUCAUGUGGUACCCUGCUACAUUUUCACAAUCAAGACUAGGAAAUAAAAGCUCAAAAGGGAGUAAUGCGUGUACUCUUAUAGCUCUACUCAUGGCUACAAACAUAAAUACAUCAAAAAUCCGAGUAAGUUGUUUGUUCAUACCACCAGCCAAAGACAGCCUUACUGAAUUGUUUUCAGAUGCAAUACUAAAUGGUAAUGUAAUCCACCAAAAUUUGUUCAAAAACUGCAGUUCAUCUCAGAACACAAACCUAACCGUGCCAGAAGCAAUGAAAGCAGGAGAAUCAUCACUGGGCACCAUGACUGAAUGGAAAAGUUCAGUUUAUUUUAACAAUAUGAUAAUCAACUUGUAUGCAGAGAUGAACCGCUAUGUAAUAGAGUGGUACACAAACCCCCCCUGUUGUCAACCAAACAAUCUUUACAUAGUUCUUAUUGCUCACAACAAAGCAAUUUUAAUAGUAAUACAAUUAGAUAUGAACUCAGUAUUACUUAUUGAUUCUCAUCAACAUUCAUCACAUGGAGCUUUGAUUUGUCAAUGUCGAAUAUCAAAAUUGGAAAACCUUUGUUCGUGGUAUGCAAAAAUGUUGUGCAAUUCAGCCGGGUCGAAUCCAGAUGCAUACGAACUUAGUUUUUUAUAUUACAAGUGUGAAAAACAAAACAAUAAAACCACCAUUUGA